GUGCAGCCCUUCCCCUCCUGCUCUCCCUUCCCCUCCUCUCCUCUCGGUUCCCACGCAGGACAGCCAUGUGCGUGGGGAAGUGCAGCCGGAUCGUGGGGCCCUGCCUGCUGGUGCUGGGCACUCUCUCCACGGCAGCCAGCAUCCUGCUGCUGUUCCCUGGUGGAAGCUCCAAGUACCUGCAGGAGGGGCACAUCAGCAGCCACGCCAAGGCUGUGCCCGGCGUCUGGGGCGGCGGCAUCGCCGUGCUGCUGGCAGCGACCCACAUCACAGCUCUGGGGUGGCAGCGCUCCGGCUGCGGCACCCGCCACCACGCGUUCAUCUCCGUGGUGCUGUCCAAGCUGGCUCUGCUGGGCGCUGCUGCCUGCUUUGUGCUCUCUGGGGUGGGACUGACCAACGGCCCCCUCUGCUUCUACAACACCUCCCAGCUGGGCCUCAGGCACGGAGCCCUCUGGGGAUACCCCUUCCUGGAUGCCAUUGACCAGGGGCCUCAUGCCAGGGCUGACAGCUACCUGUACAAUCAGAGAACCUGGAGCAUCUGCCUGGAGCCCGAGGGCAUCGUGAGCUGGCACGUGGUGCUGUUCUCCCUGCUGCUGCUCCUCAGCGUGGCUGAGAUGGUGCUGGCCCUGCUCCAGAUCCUCAAUGGCUGCCUUGGCUGCCUCUGUGGCUUCUGUGAGGGCAAGUAGGGCCCCGUGGUGGUGCCAGGAGGCUGCUGCUCGGAGGAGGUGGCACCCAGGGGUCACCUGGCUGCUGGCACACGCCACAGAGAGGGCACAGCAGGAGCUGUGACACCAGCCCAGUGCAAGAGCUGGAGAGAUGGACAGAGCCCUGGGGGGAUGGACACCACCUU